ACAGAAGAAUAGAAAAGAUGGCUGACAAUAGUGCAUUAAUAUCCCCUACUGAAGGAACAAGUUUGGCAAACUCAUCCAUUUUUGAUUCUAAAGUUACUGACACUUCUAAGGAAAACUUAUUUAUUGGAUCUACUCCAUAUGUUGAUGAAGAAAUGCCUCAGAUUGAAACAAGAAUGGUAUUAGUCCAAGAAGCUGGAAAACAGGAAGAACUUAUAAAUGCCUUAAAGACUGUUAAGAUAAUGGAAGUCCCUGUAAUAAAGAUAAAAGAAAGUUGUGCUGGAAAAUCGGAUGAAAAAUUAAUAAAAAGUGUUGUUAAUAUGGAAAUUAAAGUGCCCUUUGUCAAAAUGGAAUCAGUGGAAGAAUUCGAAAGUUUGGAUUCUCCAGAAUAUGAAAAUGUAUUUAUAGUCACGGACUUCCAGAACAGUGUCUUUAAUGACUUACACAAGACUGAUUGCAGAGUUAUUGGACCACCAGUUGUAUUAAACUGUGCACAAAAUGGAGGGCCAUUGCCAUUUUCAUGCCGUCCACUCUAUUGUACAAGUAUGAUGAACCUCGUCCUGUGCUUUACUGGAUUCAGGAAGAAAGAAGAACUGGUUAAAUUGGUGACUUUGGUCCAUCACAUGGGCGGAGUGAUUCGAAAAGAGUUUAAUUCAAAAGUGACACAUUUGGUGGCAAAUUGUACCCAAGGAGAAAAGUUCAGGAUUGCUGUGAGCCUGGGUACUCCAAUUAUGAAGCCAGAAUGGAUUUAUAAAGCUUGGGAAAGGCGGAAUGAACAGAAUUUCUGUGCAGCAGCUGAUGACUUUAGAAAUGAAUUUAAAGUUCCUCCAUUUCAAGAUUGCAUUUUAAGUUUCCUGGGAUUUUCAGAUGAAGAGAAAACCAACAUGGAAGAAAUGACGGAAAUGCAAGGAGGUAGCUACUUACCGGUUGGAGAUGAGAGAUGUACUCACCUCAUAGUUGAAGAGAACAUCGUGAAAGAAAUUCCAUUUGAACCUUCAAAGAAACUUUAUGUUGUCAAGCAAGAGUGGUUCUGGGGAAGCAUCCAGAUGGAUGCCCGGGCUGGAGAAACGAUGUACUUAUUUGAAAAGGCUGAUAGUCCUGAAUUGAAGAAAUCCGUGUCACUGCUUUCUUUAAACACCCCAAACAGCAAUCGCAAAAGACGUCGGUUAAAAGAGACACUGGCUCAGCUUUCAAGAGAGACAGACUUGUCACCUUUCCCUCCCCGAAAGCGCCCAUCAGCUGAACAUUCCCUCUCUAUAGGGUCUCUCCUAGAUAUCUCCAACACGCCGGAAUCUAGCAUUAACUAUGGAGAUACUCCUAAGUCUUGUUCCAAAUCUUCUAAAAGUUCCACUCCAGUUCCUUUAAAACAGUCAGCCAGGUGGCAGGUUGCAAAAGAGCUCUAUCAGACUGAAAAUAAUUAUGUAAAUAUUUUGGCUACAAUUAUUCAGUUAUUUCAGAUACCUUUGGAAGAAGAAGGACAACGUGGUGGACCUAUCCUUGCACCGGAGGAAAUAAAGACUAUUUUUGGUAGUAUCCCAGAUAUCUUUGAUGUGCACACUAAGAUAAAGGAUGAUCUUGAAGACCUUAUUAUUAAUUGGGAUGAAAGCAAAAGCAUUGGUGAUGUUUUUCUUAAAUAUUCAAAAGAUUUGGUGAAAACUUACCCUCCCUUUGUAAACUUCUUUGAAAUGAGCAAAGAAACAAUUAUUAAAUGUGAAAAACAGAAACCAAGAUUUCAUGCUUUUCUGAAGAUAAAUCAAGCUAAGCCAGAAUGUGGACGACAAAGCCUUGUGGAACUUCUUAUCCGACCAGUUCAGAGGUUACCCAGUGUUGUAUUACUUUUAAAUGAUCUUAAGAAGCAUACAGCUGAAGAAAAUCCUGACAAAAGCACUCUCGAAAAAGCUAUUGGAUCACUAAAGGAAGUCAUGACGCAUAUUAAUGAGGAUAAAAGAAAAACUGAAGCCCAGAAACAGAUUUUUGAUGUUGUUUAUGAAGUAGACGGAUGCCCGGCUAACCUUUUAUCUUCCCACCGAAGCUUAGUUCAACGAAUAGAAACAGUUUCCCUAGGUGAGCACCCCUGCGACCGAGGAGAACAAGUGACUCUCUUUCUCUUCAAUGAUUGCUUGGAGGUAGCAAGAAAACGGCACAAAGUUAUAGGCACUUUCAGGAGUCCUCAUGGCAAUACCCGACCUACGGCUUCUCUCAAGCAUAUUCAUUUAAUGCCGCUUUCUCAAAUUAAGAAGGUAUUGGAUAUAAGAGAGACAGAAGAUUGCCGUAAUGCGUUUGCUCUGCUUGUGAGACCACCAACAGAGCAAGCGAAUGUGCUGCUCAGUUUCCAGAUGAUAUCAGAGGAACUUCCAAAGGAAAAUUGGCUGAAGAUGCUCUGUCGACAUGUAGCCAACACCAUUUGUAAAGCAGAUGCUGAGAACCUUAUUUACACUGCUGAUCCUGAAGCCUUUGAAGUAAAUACAAAAGAUAUGGAUAGUACAUUGAGUAGAGCGUCUAGAGCAAUAAAGAAGACUUCAAAAAGAGUGACAAGAGCCUUCUCCUUUUCCAAAACACCCAAAAGAGCCCUACGGAGAGCUCUUCUGACAUCCCAAAGUUCUGUGGAGGGAAGAAGUCCUCCCGGCAGUGACAAGCAUGUAUUGAGUCGUUUGUCUAGCACAUCAUCGUUAGCCAUUACACAUUCUGUUUCCACAAGCAGUGUAAUUGGAUUUUCUAAGCAUGUUUAUAUUCAGCAUUCAAACUCUACUUGUGGGCGUUCUCAAAAAUCCUGGUUUCGAUCUGUACGCCAUUCUGCCUCACGAUCUAGCCUUUCAGAGAUACUAGAAGGAAAUGUUAAUUUUUCAAAUCUCAAAAAAGAUCUAUCCAAGUCAUCUUUGAUAUUUGUGAAGAAUUAG